AUGGCAAAAGUCCUUGCAAAGUUGAUCGCGGAGGCGAUUCGGCCCACGGUCCUGGAUGCUGCACAGCGCAUCCCACAAUUUGCAUAUCUAGCGGGACGACAAACAUGUGACGCCAUCGACAGGGCUUUUGGGCAUUGCAGGGAAAUCCGCGAACGUCGGCAAAAUGCCACGGUCACCACUCGUGACAGAAGGGCGGGAAAAGUUGCACAAAUUAUAUCGGGAGGCAUCACGCUCUCUCUUGAUCUACGCAAAGCCUUCGACAGCAUUCCCUGGCAGUGUUUGCAGGAAUGCCUCGUGCACUUCCAAAUUCCGGCCCCAAUCAUACAACUUAUCUUGUACCUACACGAAAAUGCCAGGUAUGUUUUCAAAACCCCCCGGGCACAGGGCUCUGUGCUGGCGGGGCAGGGUAUUAGACAAGGCUGUGGCCUGGCGCCGAUGCUUUGGACGCUGUACUCUCUCUACCUAGCAUCCAAACUUGACACUGCUGCGCCUUCUGCACUUCCAACCUUCUUUGCAGACGACUUUCUAGCGCAAUGGACGAUCGAGACUUGGUCGGAGAUGAAAAGUAUACCCACACAAAUUUCGAAAAUCAUCGAAGUUUUAGAAAAUCACGGUAUGCAGCUCAGCCCAGGCAAAACUGUAGUGCUCUACUCGCUCUGGGGCAAGCAGGUGCAUGCAUGCCUCAAGCCCAUGCUCUACCAACAUGCCACACUUGGCAAAUGCCUGAGAAUCGGGGCGGCCAAUCUCACGGGAAAGUGUCACAUGUUGCCGGUUGUCAUGUCCCACGAGUACCUUGGUGUCAAGCUUUCGUACAAAAACUUUGAGUGGCAAACCCUUAAACACAGGCUACGCCAUUCCUGGAUUGCCUACAAUCGACUGUCAGCUAUUCUCAAGUCUAAAGCCCUGCCAGUGCACAAACGCCUGCAGCUACAUCAAUGUAUCUGUCUCGCCACCCUCAGAUACGGGCUUUCCUGCACGGGACUCACAAUGGCCGGUCGACAAAAAGUCUAUGGUACUGUUCUAAGGCAAUGGCGAGCUUUGGCCAAUAACCUCCCACAUGUCACUGGACUGUCUAAUGCAGCUUUCCUAACUAGCUACAAUCUACCCGAUCCACUUGUAGGCUUGGACAGCGCACUGCUUAAAAGGCUGGACAAGGUGACAUUCGGACCAGUUGCACAGCUCCAACCAAAACUUGUGCAUAGAUGGUGGGAACACCUAAGGAAAAUCACAACAAAUCCAGCUUGUACGCAGGUGGAGUGCAAAGUGCCAUCUAAAAGUCAACAGGUCGUGCCCUCAGCCCCAUGUGAUGUUUGCGGUCUCACCUUUCCCAAUGAGGCAACGCUACGCUGGCACAUCUCAAAUGUGCAUGUCAAGCUGACCAAGGAACAGCACCAUGCCAAAGAGGCAGCCUUUCGUGAAAGGAAAGCCUCGCACAUGCAGCACGCACAUGAUGGUAUGCCUACGUGUCGACACUGCAGACACGAGUUCUCCUCUUGGCCGCAGUUUGCGGCACAUCACAAUCGGCAGUGCUGUCCCAUCCUGCACCUAGGUUGUGUACCGGACUUGCCUCCACUCCCGCCAGACCCUACGCCCCUGCUGCAGGAUGACAACUUUCUGCAGAUGGCUCUGACAGAUGACUGGCAGCAGCUAGCACAGAAAAUCCGAGCCAUAGGGCGUCUGCACUACUGUGACAAUGGACGAGUUGACAAGAGGGAGACCGAGCGGAGGACUUCAGUCGCCAAAAGGGCCGACAACGAGGAGAUCAAAGAAGGCAACCAGGGCUUCGCGAAACAAGCCAGACAGGCCUCCGGGCCUUCUUCACAGGACAACGACGAGGAGGAUCCCCUGAGAGAGGCCGUGAAGCUCAUCACGACUCUAUCCCUACGCCACGAGGAUGCACUGGCCAUCCACCGCCAGGACACCAGCUACGUGUUCUUCAUGAAGACAAGUCCACCGGAGCUGACGGUGCUCAACGAUCUCAUGAGGGUUGGCUCAGAAUGGAAAGCCAAGAAGGAGCAGUCCCCGGCUCAGGUAAACCAGCCCUUGCGUGUGGUUCUCUUGGGAUGUCUCCUCGAAGCAGUGACCACCAGGAUGCAGUCCCUGCAGGAUCCAACACUACAUGCCAAAGCACAAGCGGCCAGGCUUGUCAAUCCAGCGGGCGACUUUCACUACAUGAUGUGGGACGACACGGAAAAGAUGUACCAGAACAAGGACGACCGCGAACCGAUCUCCAUGAAAGCAGUCCUCGAGGACAUCGGGACCUUGCAGAGGCUGAUCCUUCAACCAAGGGUGGUGGGACGCUUUCAUGCUCAGAGGAAGCUCACGCCGGACAUGCAGGGGAGGUGGUUCCGUUUGUCUUGGAAGUUGGUCUUCGCAACCAAGCAUCGCACGAGGCGCCUCAAACUUCAAAACACCAGUAAUCAUUGCUACACCAACAGCCUUCUCCUCAUGCUGUUGCAUGCACAAAGUUUCAGGCGCGUGACGUUCUUCCGCGAUGAUCUUCAGCAGCUCAUGUCCUGGCUAGUCACUCAGAAAACUGCUAAGCUGUGGCUACUAAUGCCCUGGAUGCAGGCGCUAAGAACUUGGGUGCAACCAAAUAUGCAACAUGAUGUAGCGGAAUUUGCCAAACACUUGCUAGCAAAUGAGCUGCUCAUGGCUCCCCUGCGAGGCGAAUGGCAAACCAGAAUGCAAGUUGGUAGUGCUGUCCAGGUCACAGAUCGGGGUACCACUUGGCCUAUCUUGCUGCCCGAGCCUUUGCUGACCCAACAGGAAUGUAUGCUGCAGAGCUUGAUUGAUGCAUGGGAGUCCCAGGCUGCACCGCAUGCGCUUGCUGCUGGCCCCAGUGAGCUCCUCUUACAGCUCAACCGGUUUCGGGAGGUUGGUGCUGUCUAUACCAAAUCCUCCACCCCAGUUGUGCCAACUGACACCCUCUCCAUCCCCGUGUUUCAUGCUGACGGUUUGCGCCGGGGAACCCUUCGAUAUCAACUAAGAGCAGCAAUCAUUCAUAUUGGCGACACUCCACAAUCUGGGCACUAUAGGGCCGUUACCUUCAAUGCGGGAGCAUCUGCCUACAUGCACGAUGACAACAAGAUUGCUCAGAAGCUAACUGCCAAACUUCUGAAAACCUUGCACACCCAAGUCUACCUUUGCCUUUACUCCAGGACUGAAGACCCCCAUGCUGGUCCUGCAGUUAACAUGUUGCCCGACACACCACCAACUUCGUCAGCAGGGUAA